AACAUUCGAUUUCGGAGCGCGGAGUCCCAGGUUUGCAUGUCCGAAGGGGUUAGCAUAUCCGACCGAACAUAUCAUUUUCUUUGCCUGGAGGCUCUCCAAGUCUCGUUCCUACACUAAACAUAAGCGCUAGAUUUGGACUCCCGUUGCGGUGUAGUGGCUCAGAUGGAUCGAUUGUUGGAAAAGUAUAUGAACCGCUAGGUUUCCACAUGCUACAACUCUACUUUUCUAUUUCUUAUUUCUCAUUUUCUACGUCUCAACCCUCUCCUCCAAUCCUCCCAUCCUUAAUUCACAAUGAUCUCCAAAUCCGCCCCGUCUUUCACCUUCGUCCCGGUCAACCUCGCCGACCCCAAGGAAUACAGCGAGUUCCAGCGCCAGCGCACAAUCUGCGGCUGGGCCUUCUCCGACGAGACCCUCGCGUUCUACCGCGAGAAGCAAGAGCAGAAACUGAAGUCCCUGUUUUGGAUCACCAUCACCAAUCCUGGCGCCUCGAGUGCCGAAACGCCAAACGCAGAGUCUGAGCCCGCUGAAUCAACCCUCCGCGUAGGCCACAUCUCGCUAGACUCCUACACGGACCCACCGCAUAGCCCGGAGAUCGUCGCGGAGGAUAAAUCGACCCUCGCGAUUCAGAAUUUCUUCAUCCUCCCGGAGCACCGCAAGCUGGGGCUUGGGCAUGCGGUCAUGGAGAAGCUGGAGGACGUGGCGCGCACGGAACCGUAUGGGAGUCCGAAUUGUCAGUUCCUGGCGCUGAGUACGUUGACGAAGAAGUAUGUUUAUGAUGAGGGGCCCGAGUGGAGGGGGCUGUGGGCGAAGUUUGGGCUGCCGGCUCCGGACUUUAGUGCUCAUACUUGGUAUGAGAAGAGAGGGUAUGAGAUGUUCAAGGAGGAGCCGAGGUAUCCGGUUACGAAUGAGGAUGGAUUUACGGCGUUGUUGGUGAUGGCGCUUAUGAAGAAGAGAAUUGGGUGAUUGGUUUUGGGGGUUUGGGGAGUAGAGGUUGGCUAGAAUGGUUUAUGUGUAUAUGUGAAUGGGUAGACGCUGUUUAAAAACCGUGUCGCGUGGUUUUGGAUGUAUAGAUAAUGUGCAUAUGUUUUUU